CUUUUCUAAAGGUUUUUGUUUAGAUCAAGAAGAUUUUUUGCAGACUUUACUGGUGAAGUGAUGGCCUAUCAUGUCAAGAUUUCGACUAUCAUCGCCCUAUUUUGCCUACUUCUCAUUCAUGUGGUAAGGAUUGCUCCAUUUCCGUUCGACGGCCUCGCUCAGCAGAAUGAAGACUUCGCCUAUCGUGACAGUGAUCAGACUGGUAACGCAAUUGAAGAACGAAAUGCGUUACGUCGUAACAGAAGCAAGAAGAACUACUUUAGUUUAUUCCACCAUCGAGUCACUCGCGAUCGCGAUAUUCAUUCAUGUGUCCUCAGAGGCUCUCAAAAAGUGGAACCUUGUGGUGACGAUCAGGUGAAGACGGUUACCUGUAGGAAGACAAGCUGGGGUUGCAACAAUGGACCCAGAGCUUCGCCAGAUUGCGAAGAAAUAAGAGAGUACUUUGAUGCGUGUGGAAAAGUAUUAGUCACGGAUUGCAAAUGCAAAUAAAAAGUUAAUUGAAAGCGACUUUUAGAAAUGACAUCUGGUCUUUAGAAGUAAUAAAAAUUGUACAUACGUAUAGCUUUUUAGC